CUAGGACUAGCUCCGUCUGGUAUUGCGCGCCAUCCGAGCAAAGGCAUGUCGUCUAGUGCCAUUGCACCUAACUCCACUUCUGCUGAGACAACUGACGUUAGCAUGUCGUCCCGGCCUCAAGUCGAAAGCGGAGCAGGACAAGAGCAGCUCCCCGUGCCCUCCGGAUCGAUGGCAGUCGAAGCGGAGGAAGGUGGCGCGUCGGCCUCCGGAGUAGUGGUGGACUCCUCUACUACUGCUGCGAACGAUCCGGCACCGGCAACGGAUGGACAAGCCUGCAACGUGGGGGAGAAGAAACUAUCUUCACAGCAGGCAACCGGUGCAGGUCCUGGCGCAAAAACUUCUUCUAAGACCGGGUCGACAAAAUCGCCAACGCCUAGUAGUGGUUCCUCCUCCAGUAGUUCCUCCACCGGAGCAGCAGGGGGCGCAACCAGCCACCCGGAGGUUCAGGAAGAAGACCGCAUGGUGGUAGAGCAGGACCCGGGGAGAAUAGAAGAUCCGGCAGCUGGUGGUGGCGCGGCAGCGACCACAACUUCCGCGAACCAGAUCAAGACUCCUGCUCAGUCCUCAAGCCAGCCGCCCGCGUCAGCGGAACCGGUCGCACACAUCAAAACCUUUGUGCACACCGGGCCCAGCAGUGUGGGCAUGUCGAACGACAACAGGCCAGUGCUGAAUUUGGGUCUGUCAUUCAAGCUGCCGAUUAACGAGCUCUUCGACGCGAUCUGCAGGUGAUGGAUUUUUCGGAUCUUUGUUUUUCAACCUGGAGUAUGAGUGGGAAGGAAAUGGCAUUCAUAUGGAUGCAAAGAAAAUGUAUUUCGUUGAGAACGCAAAUGCAAACGCGAACGCGCAAAAUCUAUGAUCAACUGAAAUCGAAACUUAGGUACCAAGAUCGACUUGAUGCAGAGGAGCAAGAGCUGCGAUCGGCGCACAGCAUCACCGCACCUCCGUCCUCCACGGUUGGGGCCGAUGCAGCUGCGGCAACCAGCUUGGCAAGUGAAAACGGGGCUGUUGGGCCAGACGUGCUGAGCUAG